CAAUCUCUGUAAUCCGAGUCGCGUUGUCAAUAAAAAAAACGAUCCGCUUUCGAGACCCGCAAAAUAACGUUCCGUGUGUCCCCGGUCAUCGAUAAAAUUCCAUAUUUUCACCGCACGUCGCGUAGCGGGUGCUGCAGCGCCAGAUUGUCCUUGAGACGCUGGAGGCGAUCUUUCGAUGAGUGUCGCGUGGCGUUCUGUGAAUUCUCGCUAAUUUGUAACUAUAUCGUCGAUAAGCGCAUCGCCACUUAUCAUUGUUCUGCAUUGUCCCGUCGACGUCCUACGAACUCCGAUCGCGCGCGGUGCAUUUUAACGGGCGAUCGGUCUGGCUUUCAGUGCGCAACGCGUUAGGUCCGCCAUUACGCGACGCUUUUCCGGCAAAAUCAUUAAUCCCGUGCAGAGCGAUAUGUUCCGGUACAAACCUAUUGGAGUGAUCAGUCACUAUACAAUGGCGGAUAACGAUGAUCUUCUGGAUUAUGAGGACGAAGAGCAGACUGAGCAAGUAGUUGAUGGAAGUGGAGAUGUUCCUGCUAAGAAGGAAGUCAAGGGCACAUAUGUCUCUAUCCAUAGCAGUGGUUUCAGAGAUUUCCUUCUCAAGCCAGAAAUUCUUCGCGCCAUUGUUGACUGUGGCUUUGAGCAUCCAUCUGAAGUACAGCACGAAUGUAUCCCACAAGCUGUUCUUGGUAUGGAUAUCCUGUGCCAAGCAAAAUCAGGUAUGGGGAAGACAGCUGUGUUCGUGUUAGCCACUCUCCAACAAUUGGAAUUGACGGAAAACCAAGUCUAUGUCUUAGUAAUGUGUCACACUCGAGAACUGGCUUUUCAAAUCAGUAAAGAAUAUGAGAGGUUUAGCAAGUAUAUGCCGCAUGUAAAGGUUGGUGUAUUCUUUGGAGGUUUACCUAUCCAGAAAGACGAAGAGGUCCUGAAAACUGUGUGUCCUCAUAUCGUUGUUGGCACACCUGGCCGUAUCCUUGCUCUUGUGCGCAACAAGAAAUUGAAUUUGAAGCACCUGAAACACUUUAUACUUGACGAAUGCGACAAGAUGCUUGAGUUACUAGAUAUGCGCCGGGACGUACAGGAAAUAUUCAGAAGCACGCCACACAGCAAGCAAGUCAUGAUGUUCAGUGCCACGCUGUCCAAGGAGAUACGUCCUGUCUGCAAAAAGUUCAUGCAAGAUCCCAUGGAGGUCUAUGUCGAUGAUGAAGCAAAGCUCACUUUGAAUGGUCUCCAGCAGCAUUACGUUAAAUUGAAGGAGAAUGAGAAGAACAAGAAGUUGUUCGAACUACUUGAUGUACUUGAGUUUAAUCAGGUUGUCAUAUUUGUGAAGUCUGUGCAAAGAUGUAUGGCUUUAGCGCAACUUCUGACGGAACAGAAUUUCCCUGCGAUUGGGAUUCAUCGGGGCAUGACACAAGAAGAGAGAUUGUCCAGAUAUCAACAGUUUAAGGAUUUCCAGAAACGUAUUUUGGUAGCAACAAACUUGUUUGGAAGAGGCAUGGACAUAGAACGGGUAAACAUUGUUUUUAACUAUGAUAUGCCAGAAGAUUCUGACACAUACCUGCACAGAGUGGCGCGUGCUGGGCGUUUUGGCACAAAGGGCCUUGCCAUUACAUUUGUAAGCGACGAGAGUGACGCCAAGAUAUUGAAUGAUGUUCAAGAGAGGUUUGACGUAAAUAUUACAGAAUUACCGGACGAAAUCGAUCUCGCUUCAUAUAUUGAGGGACGAUGAAUUAAUACACUAAAUUACAAUACGAUAUUUUAAAACACAUAAUUUAAUAUCUUAUUCCAUUUAAUCUUAAGAAUGGGCACCAAAUAACAGUUAACAGAUAUGUAAGAGAAAUGUAAUUGCAUUCACUGCAAGAAAUUGUGUUUUGUAAAAGUUUGUCAGCUAUUUUCAAAGAAAUUUCAAUAGAAAUAUGAUCAAGCAAAGUAACAUUAUAUUAUAAUUAUAGCUACUUUGACAGUAAAUACAAUAAAUUGAUACUGAUAAAAAUGUAAAUUACAUGUCUUAUUCCAUUUAUUAGAAAAUAAGUGUUAUGUAGAGUUUGAAGAGUAAUAGUCGUUUCAUCUUUAAUCUUGUAAGAAUUGUGGACUAUUAAAAUAAAAAUAUCCUUUUAUAAAUAAAUAUA